UCCUUCUCCCUUCCAGUAGCUUCGAGGAGAACACGAGGUCUGUCUUAGUAACAACACAAUGGGCUUUGGAGAUCUGAAAACUCCCGCUGGACUUAAAGUCUUGAAUGACUUUUUGGCCGAUAAAAGUUAUAUCGAAGGGUAUGUGCCGUCCCAGGCUGACGUGGCCGUGUUUGAUGCUCUCUCCGGGGCCCCCUCUGCAGACCUGUGCCACGCCCUGCGCUGGUACAACCACAUCAGCUCCUACCAGAAGGAGAAGGCCAGCCUUCCCGGGGUAAAGAAACCACUCGGCCAGUACGGCCCAGCCGGUGUGGAGGACGCCACCAGCGCAGAAUCCAAGGACGAUGACGAUGACAUCGAUCUGUUCGGCUCCGACGAUGAGGAGAGCGAAGAGGCUAAGAGGCUAAAGGAGGAGAGACUUGCUGCCUACAAUGCGAAGAAAGCCAAAAAGCCGGCGAUCAUCGCCAAGUCCUCCAUCCUGCUGGACGUGAAGCCCUGGGAUGACGAGACGGACAUGGUGAAGCUGGAGGAGUGUGUUCGCAGCAUUCAGAUGGACGGGCUGCUGUGGGGAUCCUCCAAGCUGGUGCCUGUUGGCUAUGGCAUCAAGAAACUACAGAUCCAGUGCGUUGUGGAGGAUGACAAGGUGGGGACAGACCAGCUGGAGGAGCAGAUCACAGCCUUCGAGGACUACGUGCAGUCUAUGGAUGUGGCGGCGUUCAACAAGAUCUGAAAAAACCUCACUACAGUGAUGCAAUAAAGGCACUUAGAAUGCAUA